UUCAUGUCCUUCACAGGACACCAUUCCUCAUGGAUGCCCUCGAUUUCUUCCCUCACAAGAGUAAAGAAACCCAAGAUGAUGAUGAUGAAGAUGAUGAUAAUGAUAAUGACAUUCAUCAUCAUCAAACCCUCGACUUUCAUGUAGAUACCAGUUUGGAUCUCCUUACCAAGAACACAGGUGGCAACAGACCAGUUGAAGAAAAUGAUGCUUUGGAAACUAUGGAUGAAAAGAGGUUUGUAGCUUUGGUAACUGAAUUGCAUCAAGUGAAUGCUGAAAAUCAAAGAUUAAGAGAGUUGAUCGAUCAGAUGAACAAUAACAGCAACGCCGUACGCAUGCAACUUAUCAAGAUAACGCAGAAGCAGCAUAACCUACGGAAGAAUGGAGUGGAUGGAGAGAAAGAAGAGAUGGUUCCGAGGUCAUUUUUAGACAUUGGUGUGGCUGAAAAGGAUGAGGCUUCGCAGCAACCCUCAGAGGAAAAACUCAGAGAGAGCAAAAGCGUGGUUGAUUUGAUGCAUCGGUGUAAGGGUAAUGAGAAAGAUGUUGAAGAUAAGUUGGAUUGUGGAAGGGAAAGCUCAAAAGCUAGAAUGGAAGGUGACCAAGAACUUUCUAACAAAGUUCCUAAAUUGGAUCAAAAUUCAGAAACCUUGUCAAUGAUCAAGAAAGCCCGUGUGUCAGUUCGAGCAAGAUCAGACUCCACAAUGAUUGCAGAUGGAUGCCAAUGGCGAAAGUAUGGGCAGAAGAUGGCAAAAGGGAAUCCAUGUCCAAGGGCCUAUUAUCGUUGCACAAUGAGUACAGGCUGCCCAGUGCGUAAACAAGUACAAAGGUGUGCAGAAGAUCGAAGUGUGUUGAUCACUACAUAUGAAGGACAGCAUAACCAUCCACUUCCUCCCACAGCUCAGGCAAUGGCCUCAACCACAUCUGCAGCUGCUUCAAUGCUUCUUUCUGGAUCAAUGCCAAGCUCAGAUGGCCUAAUCAAUCCAACCAUUUUGGAAAAUGCUUCACUUCCAUGCUCUCAAAACAUGGCAACUCUCUCUGCCUCAGCUCCAUUUCCCACCAUCACUCUCGAUCUCACUCAAAAUCCUACCAAUUCCUCACACCACCAAAGGGAUCCACACAACCAACUUAGCCUCCUUUCUCCCCUUUUGGCUCAGAAGUUCAUGUCAGUUCCAAAAUUAUUCGGACACUCACUGUGUGAUCAAACUAAGCUUGCUGGCUUACAUGAAUCUCAGGGAAUGGACGCUGCAGCUCCAUCGUUUUCUAACUCACUGAAUGCAGCAACUGCUGCUAUCACUGCAGACCCCAAUUUCACUGCUGCACUUGUGGCAGCCAUAACAUCUGUCAUGGGAAGUUCACAUUCAAACACCAGUGGCACCAGUAAUACUACUGGCGAUCACCACUGCAAUAAUAAUGCAUGAGACCUUCGGAAAUUGGUUUAGUUCAUGUUUUCUUGUUCAAGAUAGUUAUAGAUUUUUUUAGUUGCUUCA